AUGUGCCCUUUAUUCAUUUAUUUCAGAGGUCCACUCCUUCCUUCACUGAGGAUGGGUUCUGUGAUGUUGGACUGGAGGUUAUCAUGUCUUCUUCUGCAGGCAGCUGCUUUGCUGCUGCUCAGCAAGGGGGAGAGGAUGUGCCCUGCGAGUUGUCGCUGCGAAGGAAAGAUUGUUUAUUGCGAGUCUGGCAUCUUCCAAGACAUCCCGGAAAACAUCACCACGGGAUGCCAGGGUCUGUCCCUGCGCUAUAACAGCCUGCUGGUUCUGUUGCCGUACCAGUUCGCUCACCUCAAUCAGCUUAUCUGGCUGUACUUGGACCACAACUCUAUCAAAGACAUAGACGCUUUAGCCUUUCAUGGUGUGCGCAGGCUCAAAGAACUCAUCCUCAGCUCCAACAAAAUAGCUCAUCUGCACAACAACACCUUCAGCGCUAUACCCAACCUGCGAAAUCUGGACUUAUCCUAUAAUCAGCUGCAGUCGCUGCAGCCGGGUCAUUUUUAUGGUCUGCGCAAGCUGCAGAAUCUCCACCUCCGAUCUAAUGGCCUGAAACAGAUCUUCAUCCGUACAUUUCUGGAGUGCCGCAGCCUGGAGUUUCUGGACUUGGGUUACAACCGCUUGCGGAGCCUCACCCGCACAACGUUCUUAGGACUGUUCAAGUUGAAAGAACUUCAUUUAGAGCACAAUCAAUUUUCCAGGAUUAAUUUCUUCAUUUUUCCACGCCUUACCAAUCUCCAGGCUCUUUAUUUGCAAUGGAACCGCAUACGAUCCAUUAAUCAAGGCGUGCCUUGGACCUGGCAUAAACUACAGAAACUGGACCUGUCAGGAAAUGAAAUCCAAAUCCUGGACCCGGCGGUUUUCCAGUGUAUGCCGAACUUACAAAUACUCAACCUUGAAUCGAACAAGCUUAACAGUGUACCUGUGGAAGCCGUGGCCGCCUGGACCUCAUUAACCACCGUCAGCCUGGCAGGCAACGCCUGGGACUGCAGCCCUAGCAUCUGCCCUCUCAUGGGAUGGCUCAGAAACAUCAGAGACUCUAAAGACAUCAGUAUGAUAUGCAGUAGUCCCAAGUCUGUGCAGGGCGAAAGAGUCGUGGAUGUGGUGAAGAAUCAUUCAACGUGUGUGGACGUGUCAAAUGUUUUCUCAACCACUGCUUUCAUUGUUUUGACUUCCACCCAAGUUGUGAACAUCACAACUCAAAUCUCACCUUCUGGUGUUACAGACCCUGGUACUGAGUCACCAGUACAGACCCCUUUACCCGACCAACCAAUUGGGACAGACAGAAAGACAACAGAGUCCACAAACAUGAGCUCAACAUCACCCAUCUCCCCUGAACACCCCGCAUCGUUUAUCCCAGAGCUACAGUUUGAACAUAUGGCUUUCCAUAAAAUCAUUGCAGGCAGUGUAGCCCUGUUCCUGUCAGUGUCAUUGAUCCUCCUGGUUAUUUAUGUCUCAUGGAGGCGCUACCCCAACACCAUGAGGCAGCUGCAGCAGCACUCAGUCAACCAUAAGCGCAGGAAAAAGGCCCGCAAGCAGGAGCAGGACCUGAACUCUCAGUUGCAAGAGUACUACCUGAGCUACCAUUCGAACUCAGAAACAAUGGACUCUUUGGUGAACGAGACGAGGCCGUGCACGUGCACCAUAUCAGGAUCCAUCGAAUGUGAGGUCUGA